AGACAGCAUCACCAGAUCACUGCCAAAACAACUCGACACAAUGGCUGGACUACCAAAUAAGAAAAGACGUCACGAUAACAAAUCACAUCGCCCAACUAAAAAGCAGCGACAAGCACAGGCGUACAACAGCGACUCAGACAAUGAAGAUGACCAGGAGCAGCAGACCUUUGACGCCGUCAAUCUGCUAGAUUCCGACGACGACAUUCACAAUGCGCCAGCAGACGAUGGCGCUGAUGCUGAUGAAAACGUAUCAUCAAGCUCAGAUGAGGAAGCUCCCGUGGUGAAAAAAACCAAUGCCAAGAACACAAAGUCAAAACAGCCAAAGCGCAAUGCCGCGCAACAAGAGGAAGACGAAGACGAAGACGAAGAAAACGAGGGAAGCGAGUCGGAAAAUGACGACGAGGACGAUGACAUGGAGGAGUUCGACAUGGGCGUAACAAAGACAAAGUCAAAACGAAACGAUCCCACUGCGUUCGCUACGUCUCUGUCCAAGAUUCUAUCGACCAAGCUUUCUGCAUCAAAACGGUCAGAUCCAGUCUUGUCGCGAAGCGUUGCCGCGCAUGAGGCCUCCAAGGCUGCCGUGGAUAUUGCGCUAGAGGCCAAGGCACGGAGAAAGUUGAAGGAACAGAAGAGAGUUGCAUUGGAGAAGGGGCGUAUCAAGGAUGUCCUGGUGGCAACAAUCGAUGAGUCUGGCGAGCCGGAGAUGACGACUUCAGAUAUACUGGCGAUUGAGAAGGCCUUGCGCAAGACCGCCCAGAGAGGUGUCAUUCGCAUGUUCAAUGCCGUCAGAGCUGCCCAAGUACAGGCAGCUGAUGCAGAGAAAAGUGUCAGAAAGGAGGGCAUCAUCGGUGGCAAGUCGAAAGAAGAGAAGAUCAACGAGAUGAGCAAGAAGGGCUUUUUGGACCUGAUUGCUUCGGGAGGAGGAGGUUUAAAAAAGACUCCAUUGGAAGAGGCGUAGGGUUAAUAUUCAUGUUUUUUUUUUGUGUGUUCUUGCUUAUGGUUUUCCCUCCACAAUAUGUAUCUAUAUAGGGAGCGAUUUUCGGCCUGUCUUGAGAUUUUAGUACUAUCACUAGGUAUACAAUAUUUCAUUUCAAAGAUACCCCUCCUCGGGCAGUGCUUUGCGUCCAACCGAGGCUCGCC